AUGCCAGCCAUCGCUCGCAAGCUCCUCAUCUGCGCAGCGAUAGAUGGGCUUGUAAUACAGCCUCUUUCUUCCAAGGGCCAACGACCUUUCCAGCCGGUGCGAGUCAAAUACGGCGACGCGUCAGUUUCUCGUAUCCAACGCGAAUAUGGAUUAGAUGAUUCAAAACCAGACCCGUCCUUUGAAGCUUUCGGAGUGAUUGGUCUCAUCACAGUAUCAAAGUCAAGCUAUCUUGUGACUAUUACCCGGCGCCAGCAAGUCGCACAGAUCUGUGGCCAUCCCAUCUACGUCGUUACCGAAGUUGCCAUCACACCAUGCACAUCGAAAAUAGGCGCCGAGGAGGCAAUAAAGAGAACCUCGGAUCACAUAUCACGCCAAGCAAGAGACUCGGGCGACGAGAGCGAUAGUAGCGAAGAAGAAGAGGUAGAGUUUCCUUCAAGAGCAUCAGACGAAGUUGAAGAUGCCAUUAUCGAUGACGACGAUGCAAGACCAGGUUCUGCCAGGAGUCGUGUUGCUGAAGAUGUAAUUCGCAGAAGAGGCAGUUAUGGUCGAUUUGCGCAACGUUGGUUUAGUCGAAGUGGCUGGACUUUGGAUCAGAAGAGAAACAUGGGGUUGAGCAAUGCUCCAAAAGUGUCGGAAACUGCUUCUACUGCAGCCGAGUCCUCGUCAGACGAGGCGCAAGAGAGUCUCGACAAAGUCGCGCCCAGUGAACCUGAACUAUUGCCAAAGUUGUUGCGAACUGCCCAGGUUCUCUUCGGCUCAUCUCGAAGUUUCUACUUCUCUUACGACUUUGACCUCACUCGCUCGCUCGAUGAACGAUCCGUGCCCCAGAAUGCCGAGACCCCUUUGCACAACCAAGUUGAUGAGGUGUUCUUUUGGAACCGCAACCUCCUACAGCCGUUCACAUCUAGUGGCCAAGAUUGUCUGGCGUUACCGUUGAUGCAGGGUUUCGUGGGACAGAAGACAUUCAUCGUUGAUAACCAGCCUCCCCAGAGCGACGACAAGGGGAAGGAGUCCGUCGAGCUUUCCGAUCUUUCGCCUACAAAAGAGCACUCAGAGUUUCCGGGAUUUGGAAGCUCCAGAGCAUCUAUUGAUCUUCGUUCUUCGGAGAGGAAAUAUCUUAUAACAGUGAUCUCGCGCCGCUCCACCAAAAGAGCUGGUCUGCGAUAUCUGCGCCGUGGCAUUGAUCAGGAUGGCUUCGUUGCGAACAUGGUAGAAACUGAACAGUUACUCUCGUCGCCUACUUGGGACCCGUCUUCAAAUGUCUACUCCUUCUUGCAAGUAAGAGGCAGCAUCCCUCUUUUCUUUAAACAGUCUCCAUAUGCUUUCAAGCCCACGCCUAUACAGCAACACUCUGAGGAGGCCAACCAAGCUGCGUGUCUUAGGCAUUUCGAAAGUCUGUCUAGAAAUUAUGGCCAACUCCAAAUAGUCAACCUUGUGGAGAAACACGGAGUUGAAUCGAUUAUUGGUGGUGCAUAUGAGAAAGCAGUAGAAGAAGUCAACAAGGAAGCAAGCCAAGAUAACAAGAUACCCUUCGAGUGGUUUGACUUUCACGCGGCUUGCAAAGGUAUGAAAUUUGAAAACGUCAGUAUGCUUUUGGAUCAACUUAGAGAUAAGAUUGAGAGCUUUGGCAGCACCGUACAAAAGGAUGGCAAUCAGGUGUCCAGGCAGAAAGGCGUUUUCCGAACCAACUGCAUGGAUUGCCUUGAUCGCACCAACGUCUGCCAAAGCUCGUUCGCAAAGCAUAUGCUUGAAGUCCAGCUCAAGGAGGAAGGAUUUGACAUGAGUGCACAGACUGACCAGGUGACGGCUUGGUUCAAUACUCUUUGGGCAGACAACGGCGAUGCAGUGUCGAAACAGUAUGCGUCAACAGCGGCGAUGAAGGGUGAUUAUACGAGAACGCGAAAGAGGGAUUACCGUGGGGCUUUGAACGAUUUGGGUCUCGGACUUGCUCGGUAUUACAGCGGCAUGGUAAAUGACUACUUCAGCCAAGCAGCUAUCGAUUUCCUCCUCGGAAACGUGACGGCGAAAAUCUUCGAGGAGUUUGAAAGCGAUAUGAUGACAAAGGACCCAGCGGUAUCCGUUACCAAGAUGAGAGAACUGGCCGUUGAACUGUGCCAGAAGCGGGUGAUUGCCGACGAGAAGGAAGAGUUCCAUGGCGGAUGGGUACUCCUGAGCCCAACUACACCCGACGCUAUUAGGUCUUGGCCUUUGGAAGAAGUUGUUCUCUUGCUGACAGACGCGGCUCUUUAUUCGUGCCGUUUUGACUGGAAGUCCGACAAGGUAUCUUCUUUCGAGCGUGUUGAGCUCGACAGUGUCACAGGUAUCAAGUACGGGACUUAUAUCACCUCGACAAUCUCUCUGUCUCACGUCGACGAGAUCAAGAACGCCGGCUUCGUGGUGACGUACAGUCCCGGCAAGAGUGACAUUCGUCGUACCAACACACGAACCCUAUCAAGCCACGGUACAAUGACAGGAAAGGAUAGCCCAGCCGAGCAAAAGGAUGCGAGCUUACCGGCCAGUCUGGCAAACUUGCUUACAAGCAAAACUUCUUCUGCGCCGCCGCUAAGCGUUCGCCGUCUUGUCUUCAAGGCAACCAAUGCGGACUCCUCCGUCGCUGUUUUGGGUGACGAUGGCCCGAAGCAAACAGAAACUCAGCAGGUGUCCACGAUAUGCGGUGAUAUUGAACGGCUGGCACUGGAAAGACAUCCACGACAGCCAGACGAGGAGCACGAGAGUCUCGUAGAGACAGGUCCUAUCAUUUCUCUUGAGGAGGCGAAGAAGAAUACAGGGUUGUUAGAGCAGCUGGGACACUCGCUCAAGAAAAUGGUGUGGGCUUGA